AUGCUGCGUCUACGAAGUGGGUGGUCGAUGGCGGGGCGAGCGAGUUGCUCUGCCGGGCAGCUGGGAGGCGGGUCAAGGCAGCUGCUCUCCAGGAAUGCGGCACUGCAUUCAUCCUACAUUAGUACUUCUGCCCCACAACUGGCCAGCAAAUCGUCAGCGUGGCGGUGGUCAUGCGUUGGACAGCGAAUCAAUACACUUGGCGGACGCAAUACGGGCCUGCCGACGGGAGGAGCCAAGCGGCGAUUUUCAUCUCGGCCCGAGAAUGAGGGGAACAACAACCCUGGCGGCGGAGGCCAGCGCGGCGGACCCGAGGGCGAGCCGCCCAAGGUGUGGAACUCGCCUCUGUUCGUGGCGUCCGCCGUCAUGGGCGGGCUCACGCUCGCCAUGUCCACCCUACUCGCCUUCACCUCCGACGGCAACGAGAUCGACUUCAACACUUUCCGUACUGAGUACCUCGAGAACGGCAAGGUGCGAGAGAUUGUGAUCGUGAACGGCGAGCGGGCGAGGAUAACGCUGGAGAACGAAGUGCGCCCCACCCUCUACUUUAACAUCGGGGACCUUCACAACUUUGAGCGCAAGCUGGAGGAGGCCCAGCGCAACAUGGGACUCGACCCGUUCGACUUUGUGAGCGUGCGCCACGUCCGCGAGGAGAACCUUGCAGGUGAUCUCCUGGCCGUGGCUCUGCCGACGCUGCUGCUGAUCGGCACCCUCAUCUGGGUCUCGCGCAAGACGGCCUCUUCGAUGGGCGGCGGCCUCUUUUCGGUGGGCAAGCACAAGGCCACCCUCUUCACCAAGGACAUGAAGGUGGGCACGACCUUCAAUGAUGUGGCGGGCUGCGACGAGGCCAAGCAGGAGAUCAUGGAGUUCGUGGCGUUCCUCAAGAACCCCGACAAGUACCGCCAGCUCGGCGCGAAGAUCCCCAAGGGCGCACUUCUCGUGGGACCGCCCGGCACGGGCAAGACCCUGCUGGCUCGGGCCACGGCCGGUGAAGCCGGAGUGCCGUUCUUCUCCAUCUCGGGAUCGGACUUCAUCGAAAUGUUCGUUGGCGUGGGUCCCUCGCGUGUGCGCGAUCUCUUUGCCGCGGCGAGGAAGAACGCGCCUUGCAUCAUCUUCAUUGAUGAGAUCGACGCCGUCGGACGCGCCCGCUCCAAGUCGGGCUACAACGACGAACGCGAGAACACCCUCAACCAGCUUCUCGUCGAAAUGGACGGCUUCAAUCCCACACUGAACAUCGUCGUCCUCGCUGGCACUAACCGGCCGGAUAUUCUCGACGACGCUCUCCUGCGUCCUGGAAGGUUCGAUCGGCAGGUGUCGGUGGAUCUGCCGGACGUCAAGGGGCGUCAGGCCAUCUUCAACGUCCAUUUGAAGCCACUGAAGCUCGCUGAGGAGCUCGUGGGAACCAUCGGCGACAAGCUUGCCGUCCUGACACCCGGGUUCUCGGGCGCUGAUAUUGCGAACGUCUGCAACGAAGCCGCCCUGGUUGCCGCCCGGCACCGUAAGCCCGCUGUUGAGCUGAUCGACUUCGAGAAGGCCAUUGAGCGAAUCAUCGGCGGCCUCGAGAAGAAGAGCCGCAUUUUGUCUCGCGAGGAGCGAACCCGUGUGGCCUACCACGAAGCGGGCCACGCCAUCUGCGGUUGGUUCCUGGAGCACACCGACCCCUUGCUCAAGGUCUCCAUUGUGCCCCGCGGCGUUGCGGCCCUCGGUUAUGCCCAGUAUCUCCCCAAGGAGCAGAACAUCUACACCAAGGAGCAGCUGUUGGAUCGUAUGUGCAUGAUGCUUGGUGGCAGAGCGGCCGAGUCGCUGAUCUUCGGCAAGAUCACCACCGGCGCACAGGAUGACCUCCAGAAGGUCACCAAGCUCGCCUACUCACAGGUCUCGCGGUAUGGCAUGAGCGAGGAGGUGGGCACCAUUUCCUUUGCCUUUGCCGAAGGCGAUGGCGAGCGUCCUCAGGUGGACAAGCCCUACUCGCAGGCCACCGCCCGCCUCAUUGACGAUGAGGUGCGCAGCGUCAUCAUGAACGCCUACAAGCGCACCGAACAACUCCUCCGCGAGAAGCAAUCGCAGCUCGAGUCGGUGGCCAAGUUGCUGCUCACGAAGGAGGUGCUAUCGGCCGAUGACAUGAUCUCGCUGCUGGGGCAGCGACCAUACGGCCUCCCGCGCAAGGUCGACCCCAACCCCGAGUUCAAGGUGGAAUUGUAG